AUGGCAUAUUUAUCUUUUCUUUUCUUAACUGUGUAUGGCUUUGCAUUGAUAUUCUGUGUAAGGGGCUGGACCUACCACUAUUCACCAUACAAUAUGAAUUAUGACGAUGCGUAUAGAUAUUGUACAGAAAAAUACACUUCUAUGGUGGCGAUUCAAAACCAAAAAGAAAAUGAGCAUCUGAACAUCAUACUGCCUUUUAAUAAAGGAUAUUACUGGAUUGGCAUAAGGAAAAAUAAAAGCACUGGCAAUUGGACCUGGGUUGGUACUAAUAAGGUACUCACAAAGGAAGCUACAAACUGGGCCGAAAAAGAACCUAACAACCUGAGUGAUAGUAAAAAUGAAGACUGUGUUGAGAUGUAUGUAAAGCGUGCUACCGAUACAGGACAAUGGAAUGAUGAACCUUGCUCAAAGGAAAAGGCUGCUUUAUGCUAUAAAGCUUCUUGUCAUACUUCUUCUUGCAACAACCAUGGGGAAUGUGUUGAAACUAUUAAUAACUACACUUGCAACUGCUAUGAUGGCUUUUAUGGAGAUGAAUGUGAACAUGUUGUCACUUGUCCAGAAAUAAAUGGCAUAGACCACGGAUCAAUAAAGUGCUCUCAUGUUAACGGAAACUUUACAUAUCAGUCAAAUUGUAAUUUUAACUGCUCUGAUGGAUAUGUGUUGCUUGGCUCACAAAAUGUGAGUUGCACUAAAAAAGGAGACUGGAGAACUCACAUUCCACACUGUAAAGAAAUUCAGUGUAAACGUCCAGAGGUACCACUAAAUGGGAUGAUCAGAUGUUCCAAUGAUGGAGAACUUCUGCCAGAUAAGUCCAUGUGCAAUUUCAGCUGCGAUGAGGGUUUCCGUCUAGUGGGUUCCAGUUCAGUACUUUGUAUGACGCCUGGUCAGUGGACAGAAGAACCUCCAAAAUGUAAUGCUAUUCUGUGUGAACGUCCUAAGGAACCAGAAAAUGGAGUAAUGGAUUGUUCAGACCAUGAAGAAAUUCUGUCAUAUAAGUCUAGAUGUAAUUUCAGAUGCAAUGAAGGGUUUACUUUGGUUGGGUCUUCCUCAACGACAUGCAUGUCUUCUCAUCAAUGGACAGAAAAGCCCCCAAAAUGUGAAGCGAUUCAGUGCCAUCAUCCAGAGGUACCAAAGAAUGGGUCAAUGCAAUGCUCUAGCAAUGAAGGAAGCCUACUAUACAUGUCUUCAUGUAUUUUCACCUGUAAUGAAGGAUUUAACUUGGUGGGAUCUCCUAAAACAUUGUGUAAAGCUCCUGAUCAGUGGACAAAAGAACCUCCAAAAUGUGAAGCUAUCCAAUGCAAGAUCCCAGAAGAGCCACAGAAUGGAACCAUGAGUUGCACUGACUCUGGAGAAAUGCUUCCACAAAAUUCAGUCUGUAAUUUCAGUUGUACAGAGGGGUUCACACUGACAGGAUCCUCCACAAUACUUUGUGCUCCACCAGGUCAUUGGACAGGAGGAGUCCCAAAAUGUGAAGCUGUGCAGUGUCCUUCUUUGGUGGCCCCUACAAAUGGCCAGGUAGAAUGCCACAAUGGAUCACACUAUAACUCCAAAUGCACAUUUUCCUGUGCAGAAGGCUUUCAGGUGGUUGGAUCAUCAAAUCUCCAAUGUCUGCUUUCUGGAGAGUGGACAUCUUCAGUACCUAUAUGUCAAGCUGUGCAAUGUGCACCUCUGGUUGCUCCUGAAAAUGGAGAGAUAACAUGCCAAGAAGGUUACAGAUACAAAUCCCAGUGCUCUUUUACCUGCCAGAAAGGUUUCACAUUGAUUGGAGCAUCUGAUCUCAGUUGUUUAUCAUCUGGAAAAUGGACAUCAGCUGUCCCUAAAUGUGAAGCUUUAAAAUGUACAGCUCUUAUAGCUCCAUCAAUGGGGGAUAUGAAUUGCACUCACCUCUUAGGAGAAUUUGAGUAUGGAUCCGUGUGCACAUUUGACUGUGGGUAUGAUCUGUCACUAAAUGGAACUAGAACUGUUGAAUGUGACAGUAGUGGAAGAUGGAGUACAGAGCCUCCAACAUGUGAAGUAGUAAAAAGGCUGAACAUUCCCCCAACAUACUUCACAGUUGGAGCUGUUUCAGCAGGUGCUUCUCUCAUGUCAGCAGCUGGCCUUCUUAUAUGGCUUAUAAAACGAAUCCGUAAAACAGCAAAAAAAUUUACCCCCUCAAGUAGUUAUCAACAUCUUGAAGCAACGGGUAUUUAUCAAAAUACUAGUGACAGCGUUGGUAUCGUAUAGAAUACGGUUUACAGAAUUGUUAAAAUAUAGA